AUGGUGACGGUGUCAGCAGCGGCGGCGGCGGCGGCCGUCUCAGAGAGCCAUUGCGCCUUCACACGCGGACGGACGGAAAGAGGCGCGCGAAUAGACGGAGGAGAGAGAGUGAGAGAGAAAAAAAAGAAGGGCGGCGCUGCGAGACGGCGUGACGCGUCGUCGCGGGGUGUGUGUGUCGGUGCGUGCCGCGGCGCCCGGCGGGUGUAA